AUGGAUCCAAAUAAUAUUCAUAGUCAGAGCUCUAGUUUAUUAGGACUGCUUCAGAGUCAACAAGGGAGCGUUUACCAUGGUGGUAUUAACUUUGGUGAUUCUCAACCUAUCCCGUCAUUCAGUUCACAACCAUCUCAAGUACCACCAGUGCCCCGUGGUGUUAGACGUAAAUGGGACCCGGCUGAUGACGAGGUGUUGAUCAGUGCGUGGCUCAACACCUCUAAAGAUGCAAUUGUAGCAAAUGAGCAGAAGUCGGGGACCUUCUGGGAUAGGGUUGCUCAUCUCUAUUCCUCAAGUCCUCAUGGAUUAGAAGAUGGUGAGAGAGAACCCGGGCAAUGCAAGAAAAGGUGGCAUAGAAUAAACGAUGACGUUAACAAGUUUUGUGCCGCAUACUCCGCAGCAGAGAGACAGCAUAGAAGUGGUGAGAGUGACACUGAUCUUCUAAAGAAGGCGCAUGAGAUCUUCUUUGCUGAUCAAGCUAAGAAGUUUACUCUUGAACAUGCGUGGUGUACGUUGAGAUUUGAACAGAAGUGGCUUUCCCUUAACGCACCUAAAGCUGGCAACGGUGAGAAGAGGAAGAAUGUUGAGACAACGACACAACCUUCCACCACCGACGGUGUCGUUGAUGCUGAGCGGAGGCCAGAAGGAAUCAAGGCUGCUAAGGCUAGAAGAAAUGGUGGUAAAGGAAAGAGUUGA